AUGACCAACCUGGUGAAAACUUGUGUUUCUUCUCUAGAGGAGCUAAUGAUCAUCUGUAAGGAUUACCAUGACCGCAUUUAUGUGUGUGAGGGUCAGAAAUGGGAUUUGGAGUAUGAAGUGCGAAAAAGAGAAUUUGAGGUAGAGUCUGGUCUCAUUCUUGGGGAAAUGUGUGUUUUCACUUCAUGUCCUGAAAUUAAAUUGCGUAUUUUUCCCUUUUCUCAUUUUCGUCACACCUGUUUCAAUUGGAAUGUCAAGAUCAACGAACUCAACAGCCAAGUUAACGACCUGAAGGGAAAAUUCAUCAAGCCAUCUUUGAAGAAGGUUUCCAAGUACGAGAAUAAAUUCGCCAAGCUGCAAAAGAAGGCAGCACAAUUCAACUUUGCCAACCAACUGAAGCAAGUCAAGAAGAAGGAGUUCACACUCGAGGAAGAGAAGGAAGAGGCAAACUUAAAUUUCUUUCUUCACCAGGAAAAGAAGAUCAAGACAGACUUGGGCCUCAAGAAGAAGGAGGACAAGAAGGUGGAGGAAGCAGAGUAG